CAUUUGCAUACGUGCUUAUGGCGAUGUGCGGGAAAGCUUGUUGAUUGCGACGGCCGACUUCAAAGACUAACAACAAGUGUUCGAACUUUCUCAAACUUUAUGGGAUUUACCUGAUUCAUCCAUCGGUUUGCACUGGGUUAAAAGAGUCCACCUCAUGGAUGGGCUAGAGUCAUCUUCGCCAGUUAUUAAGUGAUUGUGUUGUGCACAUUAGCAUCAUGGAUGACUUGGAUUACAUGUUGCCGGCUAACUGCCCCAACCCUUACCAAGACACCUGGGACAGACACAACAGUAUCGCUUUCUCCAUGACCAAGGGUUUACGCAAUGCACCUGGCGAGAACAACUGUUUCCUCAACAGUGCUGUACAGGUGUUCUGGCAUUUGGAUGUGUUCCGACGAAGUUACAGGUGUUUGACAGGCCAUGUCUGUAUGGGAAACUCUUGCAUUUUCUGUGCAUUAAAGGUGAUUUUCACCCAGCUCCAGUACAGCGACCAGACAUCUCUACACCCAGACGCUCUGCGUAAAGCUCUCGCCGAGACGUUUGCCAAUCAGCAGAGGUUUCAGCUCGGGCACAUGGACGAUGCGGCAGAAUGCUUUGAGAACAUUCUGCGACGCAUCCACCUCCAUCUUGCCCACAACGUCAAUGAAGACACCUGCAAUGCUCCUCACUGCCUGCCCCACCAGAAGUUCUCCAUGACAGUUUGUGACCAGCUUAUCUGUCCGUGUGGCAAGAGCUCUGAACCACUCAAGUUCACACAAAUGGUGCAUUACAUAUCGGCUAAUUCUUUAGUAUGCCAGGCUCGUAUGAUGCAAGAAAAAGGUGAUAUUCUGCAUCCUGAUCGGUUUGGUCUGUUGUUGAGAAAUGCUAGUGCCAUGGGAGAUGUCCGAGACUGUCCGGGCAAUUGCGGAAAGAAGGUACAGAUCCAGCGAACCCUUCAUAACUCUCCUGACAUAGUCAGUAUUGGGCUAGUGUGGGACUCGGAUCACCCUUCCACUGAACUGACGACAGAAGUUGCAAAAAACAUCGGAACAACACUGCUUCUGCAAGAUGUGUUCCACUCAACGAUGUGUGACAUCAAGAAAAAAUUUAAUCUUGUUGCCCUGGUGUGUUAUUACGGAAAGCACUAUUCCACAUUCGUGUUCCACAGCAAACUAAAGAUCUGGAUCUACUUUGACGACGCUACAGUCCGAGAGAUUGGACCUCGAUUUGAGCACGUGAUAGAGAAGUGUUGUCGGGGUCGGUAUCAGCCUCUCUUGUUGUUGUAUGCAAACCCUGCGGCUACACCAGUGUCUGUGGACAAAGCUCCCAAGAAAAGGACUAUGGCUCCAGGAUACGUCCAGACUGCAACCUUGUCUGAAGAUACCAACUUGGACCAGACGUGCGAGAGCAUUAAAAGUUUACCUGCACGGAGAUCACAAACCCCUAACCCCGAUCACAGAUCCAAGACCCCUAUUCCAGAGGACACGGGCAGACGGGCCGUAACUCCGGGACCAGAAUACUACACGGAAUCACCCAGACAUGCACCGCGGCGGACGGACACUGAUCACACUCGGCAACCUAGCUUCCUCAUUGCAAUGGCUGGGAAGGAAAACAAGUCUGGAAAAUCAGUUCCUCGCCGUGACUCUACAGUUUCUUGUCCGGCUAUGGAAUCCAGCAAGUAUCACCAUCCAGGGAAGGAGAUGCUUGGGGAAUAUAUUUUCAUGAGCGGAGGAGCAGCCCCGUGUGAGAAUCCUCAAGAUGAGGUGGACAACUACACAUUGUCUAACAGUGACCAGUACCGCAGACCAUCCUCACUUAACGGGUAUGAUCCUAACAUUGUUCCCAUGCCACUAAAACCAAACAAGGCUGUAGAAACGCAAAAGAAAGAAAGCUUUAAGAAAGGGAAGAAGAAGAUUGCGGCCGAUGUUGUCCGCUAUCAAGUCGAUCCAACACGUUAUUCCUCUUCAUCUUCAUCACCAUCACCCGACAGUCCAGUCAUCAGUGAUGCCAGUGGACCUUUCAAACAGCAGAGACAGAAGUCUCAGAAUGGUGAGGAUAACCUGAGCAUCAACUCUGACAUUGUGAGUUCUAACCAGCACCGUGUUAUUAAACCGUCCGUUCAUCACAACUACGAAAAUAUUGAACACACCAAUCAUGGACCUGUACAGUCCGGUCUGGCUACUCUUCCACGUAAGAAAAAGAUGUGCGAGGCUCAGUCUUACCAGAAUGCAAAGCAAGGACUGAAUCGGCAAGGAUCCAUGGGCAACUUGUUGAAUCCAGAAGGCUUGAGGUCCCUGAAUAAGAAACCUGUACCUCUGCCUGUUUCCAUCCCUGUAGUGCCUUCUGUGAAUCAUUCCAGGCAAUCGUCCACCCACGAGCCUGGACAGACCCUGUCACACAGCCUCAGCGCUCCAGAAGGACUGAUGCAGCCACCAGCAAGACCACCUCUUCCACCUUCAGCAACUCACGAGAGGCAGACGUCAUCUUCCAGCAAAAGUUCAGAAACCAAGAAGAUGAAGAAGAAAGUCAAAUCCUCUGAGAAGAAGCAGAGGAACAAAGCCGAGAAGGUUGCUGAGAACGAUGAAGGUUUUGUGGAUGAGAAGAAGAUGUACAUCGAUAGGAGUUUAGUGGAGAACAUCCUAAAGCACCAGGGUGUGCAGAGGCAGCCGUCCAAUGCUGGAAGCAUCACAAGCAACAGCAGCAUAGAGUCCGACAGCUUGAUGGGCAAGCUGCUCAGUGCUAAGAGCAUGGAAGGCAAGAAUGCUCUGAGUGUGGAGAUACCGUACGACAGUGUUUCCCUGAGUUCUCACCGUGACUCGGGUUAUGGAAGCAGUGAUAGGAACAGUUCCAGCUCCACUGGAAGUGGCACAGUGGAUCCAUACACGCAGUACUUCCUUAGCCGGAGCAUGAUUGUUCCAAAGUCUUUCAAUGCACAGGCUGUAAUGGAGCGUGCUCAAGGCUACAAGCCGAGCAACCACUAUCCUGCAGACAGCAAAGAUGCCUGCAGUCAGGACACACAGCAUAAGCAGACAUAUCCAGGAUACACCAAUGGCCACCUGACAACUCUUCCUGCAGGGAGUGAUAGUUCAGGAUUUCCUAAAGAUGAUAUCAACAGACAGUUGUUUGAAUCCUAUCCGAACAGACAAACGAUGCAUCCUAUCAAAGAGUGUAGUUUUGAGGACAGUUUGAAAACGGUGCCACAGGACUUAGGUUCCAAGAUGUCGGGAGAUGUUCACAUCAAGCCAUCAUCUGCUAACAUGUCUGGCAAGAUGUGUUCUCCUGUUGAUGACGUGAUUGUAUCUCCAUAUGAAAGCAGUGGCAAGAUGGCAAUCCACAACAUGGGAUGGCAGAAACCACCUGUACCACAAAAAAAUUUUGUUGUAGGCCAGAUUUCUGGUCCAUCACCAUCAGAAGACAUCGCUGGUGUUGUCCAACAGAAAGACGAUUCAGCAGGAAAUGACAAGUUCAUGCAGUUGUGUCGCACUGCUGAAGACUACAUGGACCAGUGUGUGUUGGCAGAAACGGACAACAGACUCACACAGGCACUCGGUCACUGUGAAAAUGCUAUAGGUUGUCUUCGUCAAGCGAUGAGCCUGGGUAAUAUUACCCAUCAGUCCUUAGUGUAUUCUCAGCGACGCUGUAACUCGUGUAUCCUGAAAUCACGCAGUCUACAAAUAAAAAUAAAACAGUUACCAGCUGAUGCCAUGGGAAGAAGAUCAAGUGUUACAAGCAGUGAUUCUGAGAAUUCAUAUAAUCCGGAAUCAGGGUGUAUUCGACAGAAUGGGUCGCGAGACAGACUGGGCCCUGGAAUAACGGACAAGCAAUGUGUUUAUACGAAUUCGAGUGGACGAUCUGGUUCUAUCAUUUCAGACAGGACUAACACUAGUGAAAGGACCGUUUUUCCCGACAGGACUAACGCUAGUGAAAGGACUAAUUUUUCGGAUAGGACUAGUGACCACGAGAAUAAUGGUCAGAAUAAUUGUGCGCCGCACAGUAGGCAAGUCAGUACUUCGAGUGAGCACUCCCAGAUGUCGAGUAGGGGAGAUAACUCACAGAAAACAAUGAACAGGACUACUAACUGCGAUCAGUCAGGUGUGCCCAGUCACUGCUACGGUGGCAGCAACUCGUCCGUUCAUUCCUCUUCGUCUCAGUCAUCUAGUCACCGGUCCAGUUCUCAAGAAAAUCUCAUCGAUGCUUAUGCAACGUUACCACGACCACAGAAAGGCAAGAAGCCGCCCGAGAUUAAAACUUCCGAGAGCGAGGUUUACAAGUCUUACCUGAACAAGCAGAAAUCUCUUCAGAACAUUUCACAGGUGCAGCACGUGAGGUCUUCUUCUGGAUCAAGCACAACUAAUUCUAUAGAAGGAUCCGACUCCAGCGGCUCGGGAAGGAAGAAGAUGAGUCAGUCUGAGAUUCGUGAACUGCUCGAGAAGAACUAUGUCCAGAGGCACCAGAGUCAGAUAACCCAGUGGUCGGCAAACAAGAACAACCAGCAGCAGCUACCAGAACAAAACCGUACCACACCAGGUCAAGGUCAGAUGCAGCCAGGGUGUGGUGUGGUAGAUCGGCAGUCAACUGCUUUUCAAGGUCAAGCUAGCAGUGGCAGUGGUUGUCGGCAGAUGGCAGCACAGUAUCAAGGUCAAGGUCAGAAUGGUUACAGAGAAAGAGAUCUGCAGCCUGGUACUGAGGGUCAGGGUUAUGGUGCAUCAGAUUAUCAACACAUGAAACAGCAAGGUCAAACAGGGAGUGGGUAUCAACAGAGUAGGUGCCAGCAGAUGGCAUUCCAAGGUCAAGGUCAGAGUGGAACAGAAACGAAGGCAUCAGCAGAGGUUGGUAGAAACUUCAGGAAUCACUUACAAGCCGCACAGAGUAUUCCUGACAGAAGUGCACAGUUUGGUUCACAAAACCAGACUCUAAAUAAAGAUGGCAAGCCAGCGCCAGCUUCCAGAAAGCCAUUGCCAGCUUCAAGCAGGCCACACGUGCCCACUAAGAAAGUAGGGCAGUGGGCGCCAAGCAUGGCCCAUUCGAUCAGCAACAAUUGUCUGAAUGUGUACGACAUGGCACCGCGCCCUCUCGAGAGAUGUUCCUCUCAGCCAGACUGCCAGAAACUUGUAGAGUCACCUUUUGCUAACACUCCAGAUACAAACACUGGCUUCGAUCAUCAUCGUGGUCGUGUUACGCCCCGACCUGGUGAAUUAGCCAGGUUUACGUCCACUAGCCACCCAGACUUAAGGUACAGUACUGAGCCAUCAGUAACACAGAAGGACACACUCCAGCAAAAUGUAUCGAAAGAGAAGACACCCGACAGUGGAGAUGCCAUUAGUGUCAAGGCUUUGGCCUCGCGGUUUGAAACCGUGACGGUCGGCCACGAGUCGCGCAGACCCGUGAAAAAGAGCGACUCCAACGCCAGCACAGUCAGUUAUAGGGUGCGCAGCAAAUCCGAAUCGAGCUCCAAGAAACCGAAAUCUGCCCUAAAGACGAAGAAAGGAAAGUCCAUCCUCAGCAGGCCACGCAAGUCUGUGACGUUCUGUGACAAUAUCGCACUGAUAGCCAUGGUGGAGAACGGCAAGCUAGGGUACGAGUCUGCUUCGGAGAAAUCAUCGCCUCGCGUCGCCGUGGACGAUCGCGCUUAUUACAGCGACGACGAGGAUCUGGCGGCCACUCGUCGGGUGUCGUAUUCGGACACAGAGGUUGACGAUGUUGACGAUAGUUCGAACAGUGACGAUUCACCGGCUGUAGUAGCAGGAGAAUUGUUGUGUAACUUAUGUCAGAAGAAAGGAUCACUGCCUGGCUAUCAAUUCUGUUCAAAGUGCUAUUACUACAUGAACAGAGUUAUGCCCCCUACCUAAUAUAUAUAUAUAUAUAUAUAUAUAUAAUUAUAUAUAUAUAAUUUUAAAUUGCAAUUAUUUAUGUGUUUUGUUACGCAGGUUGUGAUUGGUUGGCAGUGCUAAUUGUUAUAUGUGUAUCGCAGUCGUUCAUUGGUUGUGACUUGAUUAACUAUAGCAGUGUCAUGUUGUGUUGUUUCACUGCAAAGUGUUAAUAUUAAAUCUAUAUGGAGCUAAGAGUUGCAUAUCAUAUGUUUUUUAUAUUGUUUGUUAAGUCAGAUAAAAUUAGUACAUUGUUUCUGAAGCACAACAUAGUAUGGAGGUCAAUAGUAGUUUAUUUUUGUAUAUUUCUAUUAAAAAACAAACAAUAAAGUUGUAACUGAAUUGAUCUCAUAUGAGGACUGAAGAGAUGGAAAUCAGAGCAAUUGUUUUUUUAAUUUUCUCCACCUUUGAAAUGAAAAAGGUGUUUUGGUGUAAUAUUAUAUUAUGUAAACAUACAAUGUAUCUACAGUCCCUAAUUUGGCUGUAUCUGAUCUCAUUUCAAAUGAACAUUUCUGACAUAGACCUAAAAACCAUUUCAUAUCCUUAUUAAAUUGAUGAUAAUAUAUGUAAAUUGAUGGCAAAAGUAAAAAAAAUUUUUAACUUGUUUGUUUAAUGAAAAUAUGAUUCAAUGAAAUUGGCUGUAGUAAGGAAAUAGCACAUUUCAGUAGAGUAGUAAAAUAUUUUGCUUAACAGCGCAUGCUUUUCUGAUAAAGAGAACAAGAAGACAUGUUUUUUCUUGCAUUUUUGUCUUGUGAUCAUUACUCAAAGUUUACCUGGUCAAACCAAAGAUCUGAUCGUUGUUUUGUUUUGUUUAAUGUCUUUUUUUUUAUUUUUUUGUCAGUUAAAAACUGUUCAAUAUUUAUAUUUUUAAGUAUUUGUAGAUAUAUAUUCUAUGACAUGUUAGUGUUUAUUAGAUCUGAAUUGUAUAUAAAUAAGUUUUGUACAUAAAAUCAUACGCCAUUUUUAUAACCGGGGAAAUGUUUUUGAAGGUGAAAUAUUAAUUUAUGCCUAGUCAAAAUUUAUGCAAGUCUCAAUUCUGUCCAUGUUAGAAAUAUUUUCAAAUGAGAUAAAGUAUUUUGUAUACAGGUGCAGAAAAAAGUAUGUGGUUAAAAAUACUGAGGAUGUGCCCAAUAAUUUUGAAAGUGUCUUUGAUUUCUGCAAUAUCUUAUAAUGAGAGUACAUACACACAUACCUAAAAUUUAAAAGGAAAAAAAAAGUGCUCAUCAGUGUGUGUGUGGGGGGGGGGGGGUGUACAAGAGGUUUUGGGGGCUUUUAAAAUUAGAAAUUAAUUUGUUGUUGCAGUAAAUGAGUUUUUAAAAAUCUCUUCAAUCCAGUUUGAUUUAAUUUUCAUUUAAGAGGCUUUAGGACUUUUCGUUCGAUAUAGGCAUAAAAAUUACUUGAAUAGAUUUACUGGCAUUCUGUAUUUUUAACCACAAUGGGGAUAUUUUCAGUAUAAUCACCCACAUUGAAGAAAUUACUGUUAUGGUGGUCUUCUGUUAUGGUUAAUAUAUAUAUAUAUAUAUAUAUAUAUAUAUAUAUAUAUAUAUUCUCAUGGAAAAAGUUCCUGUGUAUGUAUUGAACAAAAUAUAUGUAAUGAAGGAAAAAUAAAUCAUUUCCAAGAAAUAAUUUUUGGUCGUGCGAAAACAAAUUUCAACCAUCUAUAAACUGCAGUUGGUUUGAGACCAUUUAGUUUGGUACACAGGAACCUUUUUAUGUUUAAAAACAUUCUAUGGAUUGAGCAAUAUUUUUAUAUAUCAUGUUGUACAAAUUAAAUUUUUUACAAUUUUCUUUUUUAAAUGGUUAUUAUUUAAAUUAUGUUUCUUGGGAUGGUCUGUUAAAAAUGCAUAAUAGGUAUAAUAAAAUAUUUAUGGAAUAUUAUAGAUUGUAGGAACAGAACAGGAUAUUACAUUUAGUAUAAUUAUAAAUUAAGGUUUUAUUUGGCUAAAUUAAAAUAAAGCUGGGAAAAUAUGGUGAAGAUACAGAUUCCUCUUACAGUAAUACUGCACUCAAGGAAACAAAAAAUUUGAUUUUAUUACGGUACCUAAAUAUAUACCUUGGGAGUCCACAUUUACCAGUAAUUUGAAUGUGUACUUAUUUGUUUGGAGUUGGGGGGGGGGGGGGGGGGGGGGGGGGGGUGUCAGCAUCUGCAAAAUUCCAUUUUUCAAAAUUUAAUUAUGUGUAUCAGUAUUUACUUUUACCAUGGAUUUUUAAUUUGUUAAAAACAUAAUUUACGAAACGCCAAAAUUUUACUUUGUGUAUAUGAAAGGAAGGUGUUAUAAAAUUGUGAAUAGACCAACAAGAUAUCAUAGUCAAAUAACCUUUGGUAACAUCUAAUUAGUAGAUAAUUAAUUAAAGCAGCAAUACAUUUUAAUUUUUGGAGAAAAUAUGUGUAUGUCAUACAGAUGGGCAGCAUUAUUAGUAUUGUUUGGGAACAGGGUUAAUAAAAUCACUCAUUCAUCUGUGAAAUGUUUGUCUUGUACCAUGUUGAAUUGAGAUAUUGCCAGUAUAAAAUGACAAUAUAUUAAACCCAACUAUUCACUGGAAAAUCUAAAAUUUAUCUUUGAUAAAAAAAAACUAUUCUUUUGUUUCUUUUUUUGUAAAAAUCACUUCUGGAAUAGUCCUAGUAUGUAUUCUGUAUUCUAAUAAUAAAGCCAAACCAUACUAUUUCUGAUAAAAAAAAAUUAUGAAACGGUAAUCAAGCAUGUUAAUUAAAUAAUUGUGUUAAGUAAAUAUCGCAAAUGUUUUUGACUUAAAAACAGAAAUAUUUAUGUACAGGUUGAAAUUUUUAACAUUUCAAAAUAUUUACUGCAACUGUUAAUUGGAAAGAUUUGGUUAUUCUCAUAGUUUUGUCUGUUUGUGGCCAUUCCAUGUCAUUUAUCAUUCGAACAUUACCAUAUCGCCACAUAUAUAUACAUGUAUAGCACCUGUCACAGGAGGUGCAUUUCACUACUGCAUAGAAAUAAAAUAUACAAAAUA